AUGUCUGUCAAAUAUUCGGGGCUCCCUGAUAUUGAUCUGUCAUCCAAUGAGGUUUAUGAGACUCCGGAUCCGGUGCAGUUGAGUGCAUCGGCUGCUGUAAUUGAACAGGAGAAUGAGGAUAUUAACCAGGGAAGCACAUCUCUAGCGCAGGCUAAGGACAAGUUUGCUACUAAAGAAGUUUAUACAGAAGAUGAUAUCGACUUCUCACCAAGCAUUGGGGUCAUUGAUAAGUCAUCGUAUAAAACACGAUCUGUCAGCGAAACUCUGGAAAUGAGAAUAAUCAGGCUGAAGAGGGAAGUGGCCGAAGUACAGGCAGAGAUGGAACGGGAUCCAAUUCAACCAAAAAUUGCAAAGGACGAUGUUGCUACCCUCGAAGAUAUUCUUAAAAAGCUGGGUGUGAGAAAUUCUGAUCCUAGUAGUGCUGUCCAACUUUACAAUAAGCUAGGAGAACAGCCUACUGGAGAUUCUACGAAACCAGACAAUGGGGACCAAGAGAAAGAUUCUAGUAGUGCUGCUUCUGCGGCUGUAUUAAAGAAUCCCAAAUCUUCAGGGACAACUACUGAGGCAACGACAUCUGUGGUUCAAAAAUAUAUUGAGCGAAUUGCACAGCUCGAGUCACGAUUAUCGGCAUUAGAAAGCAAACUUGGACCAGACGCAUCGCUAUCCUCGACCCCAUCACCCAAGCCGAUUCUCGUAACAGUCGACGAUAUUCGACGUAAAAUCAGUCUUUUCUCUAAUGACCCUAAAGCCAUCCAAAAGACGACUAAUAACCUCAAAGAAUUGACGACGCUAAUAGAUACUCUGAAGAGUCAGAUUUCUGGACCACGUCAAUUAACAACAACUGCAUCUCUUUCAUCUGUCAAUAACGCAAUAUCCAACAUUAUAUCCCCCAACGCAUCAACUCCUACGCUGACUUCUGAACUGAAGAUUAGCGCUUUGUAUAGUAAAGUGGCCAUAAUAGAUUCUUAUGGCUCGAUUAUUCCCAGGAUUCUUGCUCGUCUACAAAGUCUUCAGGGAAUUCAUACCGACGCAUCAAAUUCACUAGCUCGCCUGAAGGAUAUUGACAAUACCAUUUCACUUAUGCAUACUGAAAUAUCUCAAUGGCGGCAGUCAAUUGUCUCACUAGAAACCAAACUGGCCCAAUUUGACGCCCAGUCUGCUGAGAACAGAGCUCAGGUGCAAAAAUGGCUUUCGUCCCUAGAAGAAAAGAGUUGA